CAUGAACUUUCCCCCGUCUGAUCUGAAAUGUUGGAUCUUUGAACCUCUUGGGGCUUGAGGUGUGGCCGAGUGUGGUGAUGGUGGUGGACGGAGCAGUCCGCGCCACGGCCGGCGGACGGAGGGCGGACUUCUCCGUGUCCGUCCCGAAGAAGAAAUGUGGAGACGGAGCUAUCCGUCGAGUAACGGAGCCAUCCGGGAUAUGCUUCUCUCGACUUUCACAUUCGCGUGAAGGAAUGGUCGUCAUCGUCGCCGCGCUUCCCACGUAUCGACCCCGACUGGACAGCAUAAAAAGAAAGAGAGAAAGAGAGAGAGAGAGGGGGGGGGGAGAGAGUUGCAAAGGAUGGCCGAAGUACAGGUUUGCAUCUCACCCGAUGAGCCGUUGCAGGAGUCAGAGUCUCAGUCAUGUCGCUCGCGUUGCUGAGAGAAGCCCUGGGCCAUGGGCUUCGCGCUCUACGCACACGGAGCUUUGCGACUGCUGCCGGACGGAUUGCCCUGAGUCCAUUAGAGCCGUAUAACACACUAGACUACGAUUCACAACUCCAAUCCCUCUGCGAUAUCCGACGCUCUGCCAAACGACCCCUGACCCUCUCCGAGAAGGUCCUGUACAGCCAUCUGAUCCCGGGCGAAGAUGGCUGGUCUCUCGAGAAUAUCAAGCGGGGCAGGACGAUACUGCGCCUGCGGCCGGACCGGGUCGCCUGCCACGACGCCACGGCGACCAUGGCUCUCCUGCAGUUCAUCAGCGCCGGCCUCCCGCGAGUCCGGGUGCCGACCUCGGUGCACAGCGAUCACCUGAUCGUGGCCGAAGCGGGAGCCGAGGCGGACCUCGCGCGGGCGGCCAGGGACCACAGGGAGGUCUACGACUUCCUCGGCAGCGCGGCGAGGAAAUACGGCAUCGGGUAUUGGAAGCCCGGCGCGGGCAUCAUCCACACGACCAUCUUCGAGAACUACGCGUUCCCCGGCGGCCUCAUCAUCGGCACCGACUCGCACACGCCCAACGCCGGGGGCAUGGGCAUGCUGGGCGUCGGCGUGGGCGGUGCCGACGCAGUCGACGCCAUGUCCGGCAUGCCGUGGGAGCUGCCGUGUCCCGAGAUCGUGGGCGUCCGACUGACCGGCGAGCUUGGGGGAUGGAGCUCGUCCAAGGACAUCAUCUGUAAGCUGGCGGGCAUUCUGACCGUGUCCGGGGGCAAGGGCAAGAUCAUCGAGUUCUUCGGCCCCGGCACCGACACGCUGGGGGCGACGGCCAUGGCGACGGUCUGCAACAUGUCUGCUGAGAUCGGCUCUACGUCGUGUGUGUUUCCCUACUCCGAGGCCAUGUCGAGGUACUUGUCGGCGACGAAACGCGCAGACAUCGCAGCAUACGCCGACAUCUACAAGCAGGAGCUUCUCGUGGCAGACGUGGGCAGUGACGAAUACUACGACGAUGUCAUCGAGAUCGACCUGUCAACGCUCGAGCCUCACAUCAACGGCCCCUUCACCCCGGACCUGGCCCAUCCGCUGUCCAAGUUCAAGCAGCGAGUGGAGGAGAACUCGUGGCCUUCGGAACUCAGCUGCAGCAUGGUGGGGAGCUGCACGAACAGCUCGUACGAAGACCUUGAAAAGGUCCGGCAUCUCGUCGUCCAGGCGCGGGAGGCCGGCCUGCGGAGGACUGAGACGCCCUUCCUCGUCAGCCCCGGCAGCGAACAGAUCCGCGCGACGGCCGAGGCGGCGGGGAUCCUCGACACCCUGCGGCAGGCCGGCGCCACCGUCCUCAGCAACUCGUGCGGUCCUUGUGUCGGGCAAUGGGACCGCAGAGACGUCGACGUCGCCGGGGCCGAGAGGAACUCGGUCGUGUCGAGCUUCAACAGGAACUUCACCGGCCGCCACGACGGCAACCCGGCGACGCACUCUUUUGUCACCUCGCCGGAGCUCGCUGUCGCUUUCGCAUUCGCCGGUAAACUCACCUUCAACCCGGUCACCGAUGCCAUCCCUGUACCUCUCGGCAGUAACCCUGGCGAGUCUGCUGUUACUACUGACACUACUACUGCUACUACUACUGCUGCUGCUGCUGCUGCUGUUGCUACCACUACUCCUUUCCGAUUCUCCCCACCAGAGGCCGAUGAACUCCCCACCGUCUUCUCCCCCGGAGCCGACCGCUUCCAGCCCCCGGUCAUGUCCGACACGUCGGAUCUGAAGGUCAGCAUCCGCCCGGGCAGCGACAGGCUCCAGCUCCUGACGCCCUUCGAGCCCUGGAAGGCCGGACGGGCCAACGACAUGCACGUCCUGGUCAAGGUCCGCGGCAAGUGCACGACCGACCACAUCUCCCCGGCCGGCCCGUGGUACAAGUACCGCGGGCACCUCGAGAACAUCAGCAACAACACGCUCCUCGGCGCCACCAACGCCUUCCUCCCCGACGCCGGCUCGCUGCGGAUGAUCGGAAGGGCCAGAGACCCCGUCGACGGGCGGAUCAAGCCGGUGCCCGAGGCGGCGCGGAGCAUCCGGGCCACGGGCGCCGGGUGGUGCAUCGUCGGCGACGCCAACUACGGCGAGGGCAGCUCGCGCGAGCACGCGGCCCUCGCGCCGCGGCACCUGGGCUGCGUCGCCGUCGUCGCCAGGAGCUUCGCGCGCAUCCACGAGGCGAACCUGAAGAAGCAGGGCGUGCUGCCCCUCACGUUCGGCGACCCGGCUGACUACGCGCGCAUCGGAGACGGCGACCGCGUCUCGUUGGUGGGCGUCGAGGACGGAGAGCUGCGGCCCGGGAGCCCGGUCGUCAUGGAGGUUGUUGUCGCGAGGAGCGGCGCGCGGUGGAGGGCGGCGCUGGAGCACUCUUUCGAGGAGAACCAGAUCGAGUGGCUGAGGGCGGGCAGCGCGUUGAACUACAUCAAGCGAGCUGCUGCUGCCCUUGGACCGGAAGCGUGAUGCAACGAAGAGAGCACUGGCUAUGAGGGGAGGGUUUGGAUUGUGUUUGACGAGGGAGCGGACUAUCGUAGAAGACAAACCCGGCUUACUAGAAGGGAUUCAAGGGUCAUGUCGUCAGACAACAGCCCGUGAAGAUGUGUGACUGUGACCUAGUAACUUGACGUGCUUUUCUGGUCCUGUUGUAUGCUGGGAGUUACAAGUAGACAUGAGUAACGCUCUUCCCGUCGCCGGCGCCUGUUGCUUCUCUUCCAGAACCCCCCCCCGGUCAAUCAGCCUCACGGAGGAUUCCACGAAGAAUUGUACGUAGAGACGGUCUAGUCCGACAAUACGCGGAUGCUUCCGCAGGUGACCAAGCGCUGGGUGCAGUCCCAGCAGUCCCAGAGACGGAGAUGCGCGUUAGAGUAGUCUUCUGUCGCAGAGACACCUUUCAGGUAGG